CUUUGUACCACCUUCCGGGGAUAAGCGCCAGCCUUAUCAACAGCUGGUCUUGUUGAGUGUCCUCAGUCAGUGUAAUAUUUUAUUGAGCGUUAUCCCCUCUGAUAUUUUCUCGUUUUUGUAUCUCAACUUUCCAUCAUUUAUCGGGUGAACGACGAGAGUUUCCCCUCUCCACACGUCAUCUACUACAGAGCCCUGGGUCUCAACCCCACGAGCCGUUAGCUUGAGACAUCGCUCUUACUCCUCUUCAUCCUUACUUCUAUCCUCCGUCCACGUCACGCCCUUGGUGGUGCUGUCUCUUCGUCAUCCGGCCUUGACAAGUCGAUCUAGUGCGGGGAAGAGUAGUUAUCGUGAAGUAAUUACUCCUCUGGACCUACUUCCACCAGGGUGCUCCACCUGUGUCAGGCCAUAUACAUAUCGUUUGGCCUUAUCUACGCUUCACGUCGGCCCUUGCCAAGUCCCUUUCGCUUUGCACCCUACACGAUGGAUCGAAACCUGAGAACUACCUAUAACCUGCGAUCGCUGAACCCGUCCAAUCCAGUGAUUUCCACAUCAACAACAUCAUCCCAUAAUACCGACAACACCGACCAAACGUCUGGUUCACUGGCUUCAACAACCUCAAAGAACGAUGGCCCACAGAUGAUGGGCGGACAGCAUCAGACAGUUUAUCAUCAUUAUCACCAGCAGCAUCAUUAUCAUCAUCAAAACCAUCAAGCACAAGCCAAGACAGUGCAAGCUCCCGGUGUUAUCGCUCCCUCUGCCAUAGCCGCAGCGUAUCCCCAUAAGAUCAAUGGGAUGGGCGGGCCAACUGCAACCACGCCGUUCUUGCAGGACCUCAAACUCGUGGCGGAGGCGGCGAAACGAGCUCAAAUGUCGGUUGUCACGCGUGAUCUAGAGAGCGUCACUCUCUAGGCUUCAGACUCUCGAGUCGGAGUCGGACCAGAGACUUUUUCCCUCUUCUUUCCCUUUCCCUUUCUCCCUAUAUAUAUAUAUAUAUAAUAUAUAUUACUAUUGAAGCGAGCUGGUCUACCGAGGAUCGGAGUAUGGAAAGUGGAGCAUGAAGAUUUUACGAACACGAACCUAGCGACGACAUCAUAUUGUUUACUUUUCUUUUCUUUUUUCUCUUUUUUUUUGGUAGUUGGGACUGGCGCAGGCAAUCUUUCGAUGGAUACAUCGCUUACAGAGCAACCAGACUACCUUUGCUAUUAAUCAUCUAGUUAUGGAGUUCACUUACGUAGUACCCAAC